AUGGAUAUACGUCCGAAUCCAUUAGUGCUCCAAGUGAACCUCAACCACUCCGCCAGGGCACAGGACCUCCUGUGUCAAACCAUGGCGGAGUGGGAGGUUGACGUGGCGGUGGUCGCCGAGCCCUACUUUGUUCCCCCCAGGGGGAACUGGGCCGGCGACCAAACUUCGACGGUGGCCAUAGUGGCGAGUGCGGCCGGCCCUUCUCUGGUGGUGAAGGAGCGCGGAGCCGGGUACAUCAUGGCGAGGUGGGGAGAGUUCACCCUAGUAGGGGUGUAUUUCUCCCCUAACCUCGCCCUUGCCCGGUUCGAAGCGUUCCUGGAGACCCUGGAGAGGGCGGUGAGGAGGGCCGCACCGACGCCGGUGCUGUUGGCAGGGGACCUCAACGCGAAGAGCGCAGCUUGGGGUUCCCCGGUGGCCAACAGCAGGGGGCCGAUAUUGGUGGAUUGGGCGGCGGCCUUAGGGCUGUGCGUCCUCAAUCGCGGCCAGACACACAC